UACCUGUCUGGUUAUUAGCCUGUGACUUUAUUAGACAUCUACAAAGCUAGUUUAGAACAAAAACAAAGGUAUAUACUUAUAACUCCAAAAUUAUAUGUGCAUUUAUACAUAUUUAUGAUGCAACAAGCUGUUGUAUUUUUCAGAUUGGCUGGGGGGCAAAAAUCAUGCUUAAUCAUGAUUUUAUCAUAUUUCGAAUACAAACAGGACUUAAUGGUGAAAGCUUUGUCUUUGGUGAUUUUAACUGUCCUCCUGUAAUUAUUAUCCAUUAUGGGAUGUUGUUGGCAGCGGUGGAAUGAUUGGUGCUUAUGAAAAACUAUGCUUAUCCCUCCCCUACCUCAGCUGAACCAAACACAAUAGCAGUUUGGCAUAACAGUGUGCCAACUCCCUUAUUUAGAUGGAUAGUGGCUUUAUAAAAGAGAGGAAGGACACACUGUUGAGAGGAUCCUCAGCUUCGGCCAUUCAACUUUCCCUCAAGCCUACAACUUGUGAACAGGGGAGCUUUUGUGGUAAUACUUUCUGGGUCGGCAGCUGUCAAGAGGUGAAAGAUGGGGGAUGCCCAGAUGGCGGAGUUUGGAGCUGCUGCUUCGUACCUCAGGAAGUCAGACAGGGAGCGUCUGGAGGCCCAAACUCGCCUCUUUGACAUGAAAAGGGAAUGUUUUGUUCCUGAUGCUGCAGAGGAGUAUGUGAAAGGAACCGUUUCGAGUCGGGAAGGUGAUAAAGUCACCUGUGAGACGGAAAAAGGCAAAACCGUAACUGUGAAAGAAGCUGAUAUUCACCCUCAGAACCCGCCAAAGUUUGAUAAAAUUGAGGACAUGGCGAUGUUCACCUUCCUGCAUGAGCCCGCUGUGCUGUAUAACCUCAAAGAGCGUUACGCAGCCUGGAUGAUCUACACCUACUCUGGGCUCUUCUGUGUCACUGUCAACCCCUACAAGUGGCUGCCAGUGUACAACCAGGAAGUCGUUCUGGCCUACAGAGGAAAGAAGAGGAGUGAAGCUCCUCCUCACAUCUUCUCCAUCUCUGACAACGCCUACCAGUACAUGCUGUCAGACAGAGAAAACCAGUCGAUUCUUAUCACUGGAGAAUCUGGUGCUGGAAAGACUGUGAACACCAAGAGAGUCAUUCAGUACUUUGCCAGCAUUGCUGCUGGUCCUUCAAAGAAGGAGACCAGUGAAAAAAAGGGUACUCUGGAGGAUCAAAUCAUCCAGUGUAAUCCUGCUCUAGAGGCCUUUGGCAAUGCCAAGACCAUCAGAAAUGACAACUCAUCUAGAUUUGGCAAGUUUAUCCGCAUUCACUUUGCUGCAAAUGGCAAACUCGCUUCUGCGGAUAUAGAAACUUAUCUUCUGGAGAAGUCUCGUGUGACUUUCCAGCUCAAGGCUGAGAGAGAUUACCACAUCUUCUACCAGAUCCUGUCUCAGAAGAAACCGGAGCUGCUGGAGAUGCUGCUGAUCACAGCAAACCCUUACGAUUACGCCUUCAUCUCUCAAGGAGAGACACAAGUGGCCUCUAUUAAUGAUGCUGACGAGCUGAUGGCUACAGAUGAAGCGUUUGAUGUCCUGGGCUUCACCCAAGAGGAGAAGAACGGCAUCUACAAGCUGAUUGGUGCCAUCAUGCACUACGGCAACAUGAAGUUCAAGCAGAAGCAACGCGAGGAACAGGCAGAGGCUGAUGGGACUGAGGAUGCUGAUAAAUCAGCUUAUCUGAUGGGCCUGAACUCUGCUGAUCUCAUCAAGGCUCUGUGCCACCCAAGAGUUAAAGUAGGGAAUGAGUGGGUCACCAAGGGACAGAAUGUCCAGCAGGUGUACUAUGCCACUGGUGCUCUUUCCAAAUCAGUGUACGAGAAGAUGUUCCUCUGGAUGGUUGUGAGAAUCAACCAAUCCCUGGACACCAAACAGCCUCGUCAGUACUUCAUUGGUGUGCUGGACAUUGCUGGAUUUGAGAUCUUUGAUUUCAACACCUUUGAGCAGCUGUGCAUCAACUUCACUAAUGAAAAGUUGCAGCAGUUCUUCAACCACCACAUGUUUGUGUUGGAGCAAGAGGAAUACAAGAAGGAGGGUAUUGAAUGGGUGUUCAUUGACUUUGGCAUGGACUUGCAGGCUUGCAUUGAUCUCAUUGAAAAGCCCAUGGGUAUCAUGUCCAUUCUUGAAGAGGAGUGCAUGUUCCCCAAAGCCAGUGAUGCAACAUUCAAAGCUAAGCUUUAUGAUAACCAUUUGGGGAAAUCAAACAACUUCCAGAAGCCCAGGAUUGUCAAGGGUAAACCAGAAGCUCAUUUCGCCCUGGUUCACUACGCUGGCACAGUUGACUACAACAUCAAUAACUGGCUGGUGAAGAACAAGGACCCUCUUAAUGAGACGGUUGUUGGCCUGUAUCAGAAGUCCACCAUGAAACUGUUGUCUAACCUGUUUGCUAAUUAUGCUAGUGCUGACUCAGCCUUGGCGGAAGGUGGCGGCAAAAUAAAGGAGAAGAAGAAAAAGGGCUCUUCUUUCCAGACCGUGUCUGCUCUUCACCGGGAGAACCUGAACAAGCUGAUGACCAACUUGAGGUCAACUCACCCUCACUUUGUGCGCUGCAUCAUUCCAAAUGAGACUAAGACUCCUGGGGCGAUGGAGAAUCCUCUGGUCAUGCAUCAGCUGCGCUGUAAUGGUGUGCUGGAGGGCAUCAGAAUCUGCAGAAAGGGCUUCCCCAACAGGAUCCUGUAUGGAGAUUUCAAGCAGAGAUAUCGUAUCCUGAACCCUGCUACCAUCCCAGACGGUCAGUUCAUUGACAGCAGGAAAGGAGCUGAGAAGUUAUUGGGCUCUUUGGAUAUUGACCACAACCAGUACAAGUUUGGACAUACUAAGGUGUUCUUCAAGGCUGGUCUGCUGGGUACCCUUGAAGAAAUGAGAGACGAGCGUCUUGCUCUCAUCAUCACCAAUCUUCAAGCUAGAUCACGUGGUCUUCUCUCAAGAAUUGAGUUCCAGAAGCUUGUUGAACGAAGAGAUGCCUUGCUUGUGAUCCAGUGGAACGUACGUGCCUUCAUGGGUGUCAAGAAUUGGCCCUGGAUGAAGCUCUACUUCAAGAUCAAACCGCUGCUGAGAUCUGCUGAAGCAGAGAAAGAGAUGGCCAACAUGAAGGAAGAAUUCCUGAAGUUGAAGGAGGCUUAUGCCAAAUCUGAAGCUCGCAGAAAGGAGCUUGAGGAAAAGAUGGUUACUCUUCUCCAAGAGAAGAACGACCUACAACUUCAAGUCCAAGCUGAGCAAGAUAAUCUUUGCGAUGCUGAGGAGAGAUGUGAGGGUCUGAUCAAGAACAAGAUCCAGUUUGAGGCCAAAGUCAAAGAGCUGACUGAGAGACUGGAGGAUGAAGAAGAAAUGAAUGCUGAGCUGACUGCCAAGAAACGAAAGCUGGAGGAUGAAUGUUCUGAGCUCAAGAAGGACAUUGAUGAUCUUGAACUCACUCUGGCCAAAGUGGAGAAAGAGAAACAUGCUACUGAAAACAAGGUUAAAAACCUGACAGAAGAGAUGGCAGCUUUGGAUGAGAUCAUUGCUAAGCUGACCAAGGAGAAGAAAGCUCUGCAGGAGGCCCAUCAGCAAACGCUGGAUGACCUCCAGAGUGAGGAAGACAAAGUCAACACACUCACUAAAGCCAAAGCCAAGCUGGAGCAACAAGUGGAUGAUCUUGAGGGUUCCCUGGAACAGGAAAAGAAACUUCGUAUGGACCUGGAGAGGGCAAAGAGGAAGCUCGAGGGAGACUUAAAGUUGACCCAAGAGAGCGUGAUGGACCUGGAAAAUGACAAACAACAACUGGAAGAGAGGAUUAAAAAGAAAGAUUUUGAGAUCAGCCAGCUCAAUAGCAAGAUUGAAGAUGAACUAGCAAUGGCAGCCCAACUCCAGAAGAAACUGAAGGAGUUGCAGGCUCGUAUUGAAGAGCUUGAGGAAGAGCUGGAGGCUGAGAGAGCUGCUCGUGCCAAAGUUGAGAAACAGAGAGCUGAUCUGUCCAGAGAACUGGAGGAGAUCAGCGAGAGGCUGGAGGAGGCUGGUGGAGCCACUGCUGCCCAGAUCGAGAUGAACAAGAAACGUGAAGCAGAGUUACAGAAACUGCGCAGAGACCUUGAAGAGUCCACUCUGCAACAUGAGUCCACUGCAGCUACACUGAGGAAGAAACAUGCCGACAGUGUAGCUGAUCUGGGAGAGCAGAUUGACAACCUUCAGAGAGUGAAGCAGAAGCUGGAGAAAGAGAAGAGUGAACUCAGACUGGAACUGGACGAUGUGGUCUCCAACAUGGAGCAGCUUGCCAAGGCCAAGGCAAACUUGGAGAAAAUGUGCAGGACCCUCGAGGACCAGAUGUCAGAAUAUAGAACAAAAUACGAAGAAGGACAACGCAGCAUCAAUAACUUUACCAUGCAAAAAGCUAGGUUGCAAACCGAAAAUGGGGAGCUUUCUAGACAGCUGGAAGAGAAGGAUUCCUUGGUCUCUCAGCUAACAAGAGGCAAGCAGUCCUACACCCAGCAGAUUGAGGACCUCAAACGACAACUAGAGGAGGAAGUCAAGGCUAAGAAUGCCCUGGCUCAUGCAGUUCAGUCUGCUCGUCAUGAUGCUGAUCUGCUGAGGGAACAGUAUGAGGAGGAGCAGGAAGCCAAAGCUGAGCUGCAGCGUAGUCUGUCCAAGGCAAACUCUGAGGUGGCUCAGUGGAGAACCAAGUAUGAAACUGAUGCCAUCCAGAGGACUGAGGAGCUGGAGGAUGCUAAGAAGAAACUUGCCCAGCGUCUGCAAGAUGCUGAAGAAGCUGUGGAAGCAGUCAAUGCUAAAUGCUCCUCACUAGAGAAGACCAAGCACAGGCUGCAGAAUGAGAUUGAAGAUCUCAUGGUGGAUGUGGAGCGAUCCAAUGCUGCUGCUGCUGCUCUGGACAAGAAGCAAAGAAACUUUGACAAGGUCCUAGCUGAAUGGAAGCAGAAAUAUGAGGAGUCUCAGAGUGAGCUGGAAAGCUCCCAGAAGGAAGCCAGAUCUCUGAGCACUGAACUGUUCAAACUGAAGAACUCUUAUGAGGAGUCUCUGGAUCAUUUGGAGACCAUGAAGAGAGAAAACAAGAACCUCCAAGAGGAGAUUGCUGAUCUCACUGAACAAAUUGGUGAGAGUGGAAAGAACAUUCAUGAACUAGAGAAAAUUCGUAAGCAGUUGGAGCAGGAAAAAACUGAAAUUCAAGCAGCUCUGGAGGAAGCUGAGCUCAACCAGUCGAUAGCAAUCAACGGCCAGGCUAACAGACAGGCUUCAGAAGCCCAGAAGCAACUCAAGGGUCUUCAUGGACAUCUCAAAGAUGUCCAACUGCAGCUGGAUGACGCUCUUCGCAGUAAUGAUGAUCUCAAAGAGAACAUCGCCAUUGUGGAGAGACGCAACAAUCUGCUGCAGGCUGAACUGGAUGAGCUGAGAUCCCUGGUGGAACAGACUGAGAGAGGAAGGAAACUGGCUGAGCAGGAACUGCUGGAUGUCAGUGAGAGAGUUCAGCUCCUGCAUUCUCAGAACACCAGUCUGCUGAAUCAGAAGAAGAAGCUGGAGGGAGAUAAUACUCAGCUUCAGACUGAGGUUGAGGAGGCAGUGCAGGAGUGCAGGAAUGCUGAGGAAAAAGCCAAGAAGGCCAUCACUGAUGCUGCCAUGAUGGCAGAAGAGCUGAAGAAGGAGCAGGACACCAGCGCUCAUCUGGAGCGCAUGAAGAAGAACAUGGAGCAGACCAUCAAGGACCUGCAGCACCGUCUGGAUGAAGCUGAGCAGAUCGCCAUGAAGGGAGGCAAGAAGCAGGUCCAGAAACUGGAAGCCAGGGUGAGAGAGCUGGAAAAUGAGGUGGAGAUAGAACAGAGAAAGGCGAGCGAGUCUGUGAAAGGAGUUCGUAAAUAUGAGAGACGCAUCAAGGAGCUCACCUACCAGACUGAGGAAGACCGUAAGAAUCUGGCUCGCCUUCAAGACCUCGUGGAUAAACUCCAGCUGAAAGUCAAGUCCUACAAGAGAGCUGCUGAGGAGGCGGAGGAACAGGCUAAUUCUAAUCUGGCCAAGUUCCGUAAAAUGCAGCAUGAGCUGGAUGAAGCAGAGGAGAGGGCUGAUAUUGCUGAAUCUCAGGUCAACAAGCUGAGAGCUAAGAGUCGGGACACAGGAUCUAAGAAAGGGCACGAUGAAGAAUGAAGCUCUCACUUGCAUCUUUCUGAAAGGCUUGUUUGGUUUGACUCCGUGCUUCUUGACUUCAUUACCUGUAGUUCUUUAGAAUAAAGUGUGCAGA